AUGGAUCAAGAUCGACCUCCCGUUGAACCUGGGUGCGUGCUGUGGUCUGAUGGGAUGGACCUGCUCCAAGAUGCGGCGGAAAGAAAACAUUUCCUCCCUACCGGACUUGAAGGCAUUGACACGCUUCUUGGAGGCGGGCUGCGCAAAGGUCAGUUGACAGAGUUAACUGGCCAGUCGUCUUCCGGUAAAACACAGGCCUGUCUAUACUCUGCUGCACACGUUGCAGCCAGGCAUAUGGGCGCUGUUUUGUACUUGGAUACUAGCAAUUCGUUCUCUCCUAGCCGAAUUGCUCGCAUUCUUGAUGAAGUGCCUGUCUCUUUGAUCAAAGAGAUUAUCCUAAAAACUCCUGUGAUUUCUAAGAACCUGAGUUUCAACUUGCAGCCAAAGGACGUGAGGCUUAAGAGGGUCAUGAGCAGCAUCAUCUGUGAAUCUGUAUUCGAUAUAUUUGCUUUGUUUGAAGUACUGAAUCAACUUGAAGUCUCGCUGAAUAACAAGGCAAACAAUGGUGGGAACAAGAUAUGCCUGCUUAUCAUUGACUCGAUAUCAUCUCUACUUGCUCCCAUCAUCGGCGGGAAGUAUUCACAAGGACGGUCGAUGAUGAUAUCAGUGGCAAUGAUUCUUAAAAAGUUGGCAGAUAAGCAUAAUCUAUCUGUUCUGGUAACAAAUCAUAUGGUUGCUGGGAAUGGAGCUCCUAAGCCUGCCCUUGGUGAGAGUUGGAAAGCUGUUCCACAUAUUCGCUUGAUGAUCUCGCGUGAUCGUGGGAGCAAUAUCUGCACAGCAACAAUAUUGAAGCACACACUACUGGCUUCUGGCCGCCAUAUGAAAUUUGCAGUAUCUGGCUGAAUUUGCUGAACAUGGCGUUCCAGGAGCUAACGCGUUAAGAGCACAACUAAAGGUUUCUUGAAUAUAUAUUUUCCUACGAGCAAACAGCAGAGGAGUAUACUACACAUAGGAACACGUGAGGCUAACCGAGUACUCUCUUGUCCUGGGAUUAGUUUCCUACCAGGGAGACUGCAUCCUCGUCUCACCCGUGCACGCGUUGCUGCGUACCAGUACUGGAUACAUGCAUGUAGUUUUCAGAUGUGUAGCCACCGACGAUCCAUCAAUCCAUGUACACACACACUAAUGUGUGCGCACAUACGUUCUAGGAAAUGAAAUAUGAAUGUACUGUA